AAUCUUAAACUGAUUACAUAUGAUAGUAAACCAUGAUAAAGCAUUAUCUGUUUGUGUAGUAUAAACUCAAUGAGUAACUGUUGAUAUUAACCGAGCUCAGAUGACACUGUGUGCAGAUCUGUUAACCACACUCAACAUUUUCAGUCUAACCACUUUCCACCUUUACCCAUCAGUAGAGUGAACAUUUCCUGCAUCACGAGCCCCAGACUCAUUUUAGACCAUGCAUCUGCAGAAAGGGACUUUUCUUGCAUUGCAUUGCACUUAAAAACACGGGGCAGAACUCGUAACCUCAAAAUGCAGACGUAAGGCAGAUUCAAGCUGUUUAAAACUGGCUUGAUUUGUAAGUGGGGUCCUUCACAAAUCCCUAAAGAUAUUUUACUUGGACUGUGCCUGUAAAAGAGCCAAAAGUUUAAUAGUACAAUCUCAAAUCAGAUCCUUUUUUUAAGGUUACCAUUGUCAGCAAUUCACACAGGUUCACAGAAAUGGGGAGGGGUACAGGACGUAAAACCCUCUAUAGACCACAUAAUGGUUUUCCCCAGGCUUGUGAUGUCACUUGGACCGAACCUAGGGGUUUGUGUAGUGAAAAAAGUACCGCGCCAACUUGUGGACACACACCUUAUAAAGCGGGUGGCAUCGGUAAGGUGAUCAAACUCAAGACGACCUGCCACUGACAACACAACUAAAUCUACUGAACAACAACAACCAAAGACUCCAACAUGAAGCUUCACUGCAUCUUCAUCGCCUGUUUCGUCCUCUUCGCCCUCUGCUCACUUGCAAGCAGCGAAUUCAUCCAAGGUCCUGAUAAAUGCUGCUUUUCUUAUUCCAAUGUGAGAAUCCCACUGAAGCAGGUUGUCAGUUACCAUACAACUCAUCUUGAAUGCCACAGGAGUGGAAUCGUUUUUGUCACAAACGCUGGAAAUGAGAUCUGUACCAACCCGAACGAGAGAUGGGUUCAGAGACUGGUGAACUUGGUGGACGCUCGCAACCUGAAAGAGAUAUCAGAUGACAGCUUUGACGGAAGUGCUUAAGAUGUGAACGGCUCUUUGUUUUCAAACUCAGAUUUUUGAGCUUUUAUUUAAAGAGGAAAAUGAAGGCACCUAUUGGUUUUUUAACAUUGGUAUUCAAAGCCUGUUUAAGCUGUGAAUUUUUUAUUUUAUUUAACCUGUUAAAUUUUGUACUAUACAAAUAA